CGUCAUCCCCAACCAUCAUGAGUGGCGGGGCGGCCCUCCAAGUGCGCGCCCCGCCUGUAAUCUGUAGACUCGGUCCACCAUGAGGACCACCACCACGCUGCAGCAGCAAGCUAGCAGCCCACCUCUACGACCUCGGCGAGUCCUUACAAAAGCCAGGCCGCACACACUCGCGCACACGCACACCUCGAAAUCUCUGUCCGCUUCCCUCCCCAACCCGCGAGUGCGAGCUAGGUCUGCGUCUGCUGCCUCCGAUCGUCGGAUUCCGUGCCCUCGCCAUGGCCGCGAGUUCCGCCCCAGCCGCGUCGCUGUUGAAGCGACAGCUCAAGGAGAUGCAGAUGGGCAAGGACAUCCCCGGCAUCUCGUGCGGGCUCGUCAACGACAACAACAUUUUUGAGUGGGAGGUGAUGCUCAUGAUCAAUGACGACUGCAAAUACUACGGUGGAGGCAACUUCCGUGCUCGCCUCGUCUUCCCGCCCAGCUACCCACACAUGCCUCCCUCGCUCACCUUCCAAGACCCGAUCCCGUUCCACCCCAACAUCUACGAGAGCGGCAAGUUGUGCAUAUCGAUCCUACAUCCGCCCGAGGAGGACGAGUACGGCUACGAGGCCGCUUCCGAGCGCUGGACUCCCGUCCAAACCCCCGAGACCAUCCUGCUCAGCACCAUCAGCCUGUUUCAUAGCCCCAAUGACGAGAGCCCCGCCAAUGUCGAGGCCGCGCGGAUGUUGCGCGAGGAGCGCGAGGGAAAACACAAAGACUUCCGGAGGCGGUGCCGGAAGUGCGUGAGGGAGAGCUUGGGAGAGGAUUAAUGUCUUCCUGGGAAAGAGGGCAGGGUAGGUCACUGUGUGGGCGUUGGCUGUUGGCUCGUAUCAAGAGAUUGGCGCCGAGGAUAUAGCAUUCGCAUGGCGUCUUGGAACUAUUGCGUGUUUCGUAUUCAUCAACAUUGUGCAAGCGGCGGUUCUCUCAAGGUUCUCAAAGAGAGACGAUGGGUGGCAUGUAUA